CUCCGCGUCACCGACUUCGGCAUCAUGGAGGAAAAGCAGGCGGCUGGAACCGAGUGAAGACGACAAAACGCAGGAAACCCGCCGCAUCUCACCAUAUCUUUCCUUUUUUUCCAAAUCGCAGGUCAGUCAAGACACAGCACCGAGGAGACGACGGGAGUGAGAACCGCACAAGAUGAAGCAUUUCCUGAGGGUCGUGACUCAGUUCUUUGUGUUCCUCUACUGUAAAUGUCUGUGGCGAGGACUGAAGUUCGUCGCCAGGAAGUUUACGGGACGCUGUGAGCUGCAGCGGAUCUGCUACAACAACAAGCACGGGGCUCGCCGCACGCUCAAGAUCGAGUCAUCGCUGAGGUACUCCAAAAAUGAGCUGCUGCAGUCUGCGCUCAGCAUCCAUCCUGAUAAAGUGGAGAAAACCAUCGAUGACAUCAUGGCCUUGAAGAAGAUCAAUCCGGACACCAACCCACAGCUGAGCAUCUCCCUCCAGGCUAGUCUGUUUCAGAUCGUGGGCUACAGGAACCUGGUGGCCGAGGUGGAGAAGCUGCGCAAGGAGCCGUACGACUGUGAAAACUCUGAGCAUGAGGACAUGCUGAUGAAGCUAUGGAAAGAGCUGCGUCCCGACACACCUCUCAGCGGUCGCAUCUCAAAACAGUGGUGUGAGAUUGGUUUCCAAGGCAGCGAUCCCAAGACUGACUUCAGAGGAAUGGGCCUACUGGGCCUGCACAACCUGCUGUACUUUGCAGAACAUGACAAGGCCACCGCUCUGCAGAUGCUCCACGACUCCCUGCAGCCCAAGCACAAGAGCACGCACAGAAAGACAAGUGAGAUGAACAAAUCAGAAUGGGAGCAGAAGAACAUAGACAAAGCUAUUGGCUAUUCUUUUGCCAUUGUGGGCAUCAACAUCACAGACCUGGCCUACUCCCUGCUGGUGAGCGGAGCUCUGAAGACCCACCUGUACAACGUGGCCCCGGAGAUGCCCAGCCUGCUGCACUUCCAGCAGACCUUCUGUUACCUGAUGCAGGAGUUCCACCGCUUCUGGAUCGAGGAGGAUCCCAGCGACAUCAUGGAGUUCAACCGGGUCCGCUCCAAGUUCCACCGGAGGAUCCUGCGCCAGCUGAAGAACCCCGACAUGGCGCUGUGCCCCCACUUCUCCGCCUCCGACCUCCACCUGGUCAACCUCUAAACAUGACCUCUGACCGAUGACCCCCCCCAAACACACACACACACACACACACACACACAAAACUCCUCCUACUGAGCUCUCCAUAUCCCAGUAGCAGAGAGACUAAAUUGACUUGCUGGGCCUGCGCACCCAGUAUGCCGGCUUGGAAGACCAA